AUGGAAUUUCUUCACGAGUACCAAUUGGUCGGUCGCCACCUCCCCACCGAGAAGGAUGCUACCCCCAAGCUUUUCCGCAUGCGCCUCUUUGCCACCAACGAGGUCAUUGCCAAGUCCCGCUUCUGGUACUUCAUGCGCAAGCUGAAGAAGGUCAAGAAGGUUAACGGCGAGAUUGUCGGUAUCAACGAGAUCCACGAGAAGAAGCCCCUUCAGAUCAAGAACUUCGGUAUCUGGAUCCGUUACGAUUCUCGCUCGGGCACCCACAACAUGUACAAGGAGUACCGCGAGUUGUCCCGCAACGCCGCCGUCGAGGCUUGCUACUCUGACAUGGCUUCCCGCCACCGCGCCCGCUCCCGCUCGAUCCAGAUCAUCCGCGUCGCUGAGGUUGCCAACGCCGAUGUCCGUCGCCCCUACAUCAAGCAGAUCUUGGUUCCCGGUAUCAAGUUCCCCUUGCCCCACCGCGUCAUCCGCUCCGCCGACAAGGCCCACCGUGCCCUCUUCAUGGGUUCGCGCCCCUCGACCUUCUACUAA